AUGGGGCUGGGGGAGGAGGCGGGGUCAGGUCAGUGGAGCGGCGACACUGCCCGAUCCGGACCCGGACCCGGACCCGACCGGACCGGACCGGAGGCGAAAGAGUUUUCAGGUGCGGCGGCCCUUGAGUAUGAGGACUCACCCGAGUGCAGGAUGAAAGAGUGGUGGAUCCAAGUUGCACUUCUUGCUGCUCCUCUAAUAGCUGUCUACCUUCACCUUCCUCCUCCUAUUCUCUCACCAUCCCUUUAUUCAUGGCGGGCUGGUGGAGCAUUCUUCACCUUCAAAGACCACCGCAUAUUUUACAGAGAUUCCAUAGGUGCUUUUGGUAGCUCUGACACAGUGAUACUUUUGCAUGGCUUCCCAACAUCAAGCUAUGAUUGGCACAAGAUCUGGGAAGGCUUGACAUUGAGGUUUAAUCGUGUUAUCGCAGUAGAUUUUCUUGGCUUUGGAUUCAGCGAUAAACCUAGGCUGCACAGAUACUCCAUCUUUGAGCAGGCAGAUAUCGUGCAGGGGCUAAUGGCGGAACUGGGCCUAGCUCAGCAGAAGGUCAAUAUCCUGGCUCAUGAUUAUGGAGACACUGUUGCAUUGGAGCUGCUCUACAGGUCUGAACGUGGUAAUCCUGGACAUCUGAUUAUUAACAGCCUGUGUUUAUCAAAUGGAGGAAUUUUUCCAGAGACAAACCACCCACGAUUUCUGCAAAAGUUACUCAAAAACAGUGGUUGCUUUUCACCAAUCUUCACCAGACUUAUGAACUACUAUUUUUUCUCAAAAGGGAUCAGCGCAGUGUUUGGACCUCACACACAGCCAACAACUGCAGAGUACUGGGACAUGUGGACUGCUGUUCGGAUCAAUGAUGGGAAUCUAGUAAUGGACAGUAUUUUGCAGUUCGUCAAUCAAAGAUGGAAGUACAGAGAUCGAUGGGUAGGAGCCUUGAUUUCUGCCUCUGUUCCAUUACAUUUAAUCUAUGGACCGAUGGAUUCUGUGAACCCUCACCCUGAAUUUCUGAAUCUUUAUCGGAAAUUGGUACCAAAAUCAACAGUGUCAAUCCUCGAUGACCAUAUCAGCCAUUACCCUCAGCUUGAGGACCCUGUGGGCUUCAAACAAGCUUACACAAACUUCAUCAACUCCUUCUGAACUUCUAGUUACAACACUGGAACUUGACCAAUGAAUGAUCACCAGCUUCUUCUGCAAUAUGGGAAUUGUGGUACCAAAUAAUAGGCCAAUAAGAUUAUAGAUAUUUUAAAUUAAUAUACUUUGCAAAUAACAAUAAUACUAUUACUUUCUGCUUUGCUUAAAGGUUAUUUUGCAGUUGCCACCGGCAAACAGGUGGAAGUCUGUUGGAUGAAUUUAAAUGAAAAGAUUGUGAAUCAGUGGUGAAUUAUAUAUGCUGGUAUUUAGCAGUGAAGGGAUUUCUCUAUAAAGUGUGGAAGCACACAGCAGAUAAAGUUAGUAUUUAGGUGGCACUUUCUUGCUUGAAGUAUAAACUAUUUGUCUUUCAAAUUCUUGUUGAGCGACAAUUAAUUUUGCAGCAUGUCUUCUGCUUCAGGAUUUAGCUUCCUGAGUUACAGGGAUGAACAUUUCAGUGCUUGAGGGUGUGGCAGUUCAGCAUGGGAAUCUCUUGCUGGUAAGGUCUACUUACUGGCACUUUUGACCAAUUGUAAGUCACUCGCACACCCCCCCCCCCCCCCAAACAGAUGAUUCACGGGGCAAAUGUUUCCAAAACAAACAAAUAGAAUGUGUAUAAAUAAGAGAUUUUGGGGCCUUUCAGGUGAUAAUAAUUUCUUGUAAUUUCUCAAAUUCUGAAGAAUUUGAUAGUAAAUGUAGAGGAUUAAGAUAACCGCUAAUAAUAACCAGUAAAAAAACAUUCAGGACGAACUCUACCAGAACCUGGUAGAAACAGGUUCAAUUUAGUCAUUUAAAAAAAAAUUGGAUAGGUAUAUGGACAGGAAAGGAAUGGAGGGUUAUGGGCUGAGUGCAGGUUGGUGGGACCAGGUGAGAGCAAGCGUUUGGCACGGACUAGAAGGGCCGAGAUGGCCUGUUUCUGUGCUGUAAUUGUUAUAUGGUUAUGUGAACUACUUUACUAUUUGAGAAUAACAGUCAGUGGAGCACAUGAAUGUAUAAAAACUUAAUGCCAGGAGAACAGUCUCUGUUUUUAAGCUACUGCUCAAUUUACAAUGUCUAAUUAUAGUUUCUAAUGCCUAAUUUGAUGAUGUUACGUUCAUGUCACUCAAUUUUCAACAUGAAGUUAAAGUUGAUUGAAGACAAAUGAUGGUGUAUAUAAAAAACAUUCCAGAUAGGUUAAAGGGAAGAGAUUAGUGGAGAACCCUUUCACACUGUGGGAGUAAUAUUGAUAAAGUAAUGGAAGUAAAAGGUCCAUUUGCACAUUCGUGUUUUCAAAGCUCUUUUGGUAUGCAUGUGGCAGGAUGGUAUACAUUUUGAGUUCUAUUCAUUGCUAGUUAAUUUUCCCAGUUAACUUUGUUGUACAUUAGUGAAAUUUCACUUCCCAUUUGUCAAAAGAAUAUUGUGGAGCAAUGAUUUGUCAAUACUAUACUGUAUUUAGCUACACUAUCUACAUUUGCAGAUGAAUUUCUUCCAUUGACCAGCUGGAAUUCAGAUGUCCAAUAUGAACAUUGUGCAUCUGUAGCUUUAAAUCACCAUUAAUCCAGCAUACUUAUUGGUGACAGACCAGCAUAUUUUCUAGACUACUAGGAAUCAGGACCACAGUGAGUUUAAAGGGAGUAUGGGAUCACAUAAAUCAGCAUCUGGAGAGCUCAAUGGCAAACCAUUGAGAUUUCUAAUUGAUAGUGGAAUAUUGGAGUUUUACGAGUAUUCAUUUAAAGUAUAAUGAAACUGAGACUGCAGAAAGUUUGUUCAAGUAAUGAAUAAACAAGUGGAAAAAUUAUAUUUAUUUCAAUGUGUAAAGUUUCACAAAAUGUUCUUUAAACUAUAUGGCUGAUUUUGUUCCUUAAUGUUUAACAAACUGUAAAAUUGUAAAUAUCACAAAGUGAGUUGGGUUAUUAUAACUUUCAAAUAAAGCAACAUAACACUGCUUAUAAUCCCCAUCAAGGUGCAACUUUGAAGGACUGAUAUUUCUCUCAGAAUGCUGCUGUACCCCCACCACAUUUAUGCACAAAUUGUGAAUAUUUGUUAUUUUAAUAUUAUCCACAUUCUUCUACCUGUUUUCUUUCUUAACUACAAUGUCUAUUUCAAAUGUUGCUGACACGGGAUUCCACCCAAAUACCUUUUGAGGUUCCUGUCUAUCUGAAAUCAGUCCAUUUCUCACAAAGAUUUCACAAUUUGAUUAAAAUCUGAUGUUUUACUUUGAGCUCAAGGUUGUAUAAUACAUUCUUUGAUAAUAAAUAUACUUUGAACUUUGA